AUGGCGGGUGACGAAUAUUCCAUCGGUGGCGGUAAACUCAAGCUGAAGGGGAGCAAAGUUAGUGGAGGACGAAUCGAGAAGAAGAAGAAGAAGAGUUCAAAAAAGAAGGAAGAAAAGGCCGGAAGUCCUGAGGGAAACACCAAAAAUACUGAGACUGGGCUGGAGAAAAGCGACAAAGAUGAGACCGUGAGGUCUGAGGAGGGCAGAGAGCAGGAUGCCCCUGGGAAGACGGAGACGGAGAAGAAAUAUGAAGAGAUUCGGCGCAAGCGGUUACAUGAACGACUUCAACGAGAUGGCGUCAAGACUCAUAAGGAGCGUGUCGAGGAUUUGAACAAGUAUCUCAGUCGAUUGAGUGAACAUCACGACAUGCCGAAGAUCGGACCCGGUUGA